CAUCCACAAGGAGCACGAUCGCCAUUGCAUCCUACUCCUCGCCCAUCGCCGACGACUCUGCAGUCUGCCAAUAGUCGCAAGACCAUCCAGCCAUCAUGUCUGGAGCAGCGGAUCGCGAGGCCGUCUUUCCCACCCGGCAGUCGCUGGGUCUCAUGAAGUCCAAGCUCAAGGGCGCCGAGACUGGCCACAACUUGCUGAAGCGCAAGAGUGAGGCCCUUACAAAGCGAUUCCGAGAAAUCACGAGAAGAAUAGACGAGGCGAAGCGGAAGAUGGGCCGUGUCAUGCAGAUCGCCGCCUUCUCGCUGGCAGAGGUCACUUAUGCCGUUGGUGGCGACAUCGGAUACCAAGUACAAGAGUCGGCGCGGUCAGCACGCUUCAGGCUGCGGACCAAGCAGGAGAACGUCUCUGGUGUGUUCCUGCCGGCCUUCGAGAGCUACCUGACCGAAGGCAACAACGAUUUCGGCCUCACCGGUCUUGGCAAGGGUGGUCAGCAGGUGCAGAGGUGUCGGGAGACAUACGCCAGGGCAGUCGAGACGCUCGUCGAGCUCGCCAGCUUGCAGACUGCCUUUGUCAUCUUGGACGAGGUCAUCAAGGUGGUCAACCGGAGAGUAAAUGCCAUCGAGCACGUCAUUAUCCCCAGAACCGAAAAUACCAUCAAGUAUAUCAACUCGGAACUCGAUGAGCUGGACAGAGAGGAAUUUUACCGGCUGAAGAAGGUCGCUGGUAAGAAGCAGCGGGACACGGCCGCUGCCGAUGCCGAAAUGAAGGCCAAGAGGCUCGCGGCCGAGGGCAAGGGCGACCAGGAGAAUGUAGACCCUGGCAAGGAGGGCCCAACAGAUGUCCUGUCAACUGGCGAUGACGACGACGUCAUCUUCUAAGUCUGUUGCCGGGUUUCUGGCUAGAGUCUCGACCAUGGCUGGGUACUGUCCUCGUCAUAAGAGGCAUUGUUGAAGCAUGCAAUCAUCGGCAUUGAUAGUUUUUGCUUCCCAUCAUAGGGAUCUCUUCGGCGUUGCCUUUAAUUCUUAGAUGCGCUUUU